UCGUCACUCACGAUGAGUUUCCUUACGUCGCUGGGUCAGUACGUGGCGGGCGUGGCGGACAGCGUCGCCGGGCUGGCGUUGUCGCCGCGUCGCGUGCCGCCAGCGAGACACCGGUCAGCAGAGGAGUCGCAGCAGCAGCCCCACUCCUCCGCUGCUACCAUGAGAGGUUUUCCUCGGGUGCUGCCGACCGAAGGCGCCUCAGCGUUGAGCGCCCGGCGCCGCACUUUGGACUGUCUGGCGCCGUCUGCGACCCCCAGGCGCGGGGGCUCCCUUCGCGUGCCCAGGCAGCCGCAGCCACCAGAGAAGCCGACCAUGGCGUUCUGCAGGCGACGCCUGUCGUGGCCGGAAGUGGAUAACUCCGUCAAUUCGGGGGUUCAAGACACAGAUGGCUCGUACUUCGAGAGCUUCACAGCGCUGUCGUGGCGGCAGGAGAACAGGCGGCUGGCGGCGUUGCGCCUGGCCGAAGCCCGAGCGGAGCGCCCGCCGCCCGCGCCGCACGACUUGGGGCUGGCCAGCGUGCCUGCCCACCUGUCGCAUAAGGAACACGAGCAUCUGUAUACAGAGGUGCUGUACUGCAUCGAGAACGCGGUGGGUGCGCCGGCGCCGGACGGUCAGUUCGCGUCGUACAAGGAGGAGGUAGUGGAGUACGCUCGGCGCGCCUUCCGCGUGUCGCCCGACGUGCACGCGCGCGCUAUGCGUGCCGCGGGCAGCGAACGCCCGCCUACUGUCGUGCUCGGCUGCUCAGUCUUAGAGGCAGAUGGAUUAGAGGCGAAAGAUGCUAAUGGGUUCAGCGAUCCGUACUGCAUGCUGGGAAUCCAGCCAGCAUCGCUGCCCGCGUCCCCCCGCGCGUCUGAAGACGAGGGGAGGAAGCAUGGGUUUCGACUGAGCUUCAAGCGGCGCGACGGGCGACAGCAACGCGACAGCUUAGGCCGCCUGCCCGCGCGGUACAUACGCGCGACCAGUGUGCGACCCCAUACGCUGUCGCCCAAGUGGAACGAGACAUUCAAGUUCGACAUCGACGACAUCUCGUCGGACGUGCUGCACCUGGACAUCUGGGACCACGACGACGAGAGCUCGGUCCUGGACGCCGUCUCCCGCCUCAACGAGGUGCGAGGUGUGCGCGGCCUGGGGAGGUUCUUCAAGCAGGUCUGCCAGAGCGCCAGGCAGGGCAGCCAGGAUGACUUCCUGGGUUGCGUGAACAUCCCUCUCCGCGAGAUCCCGUCAACUGGCGUGGAGGCAUGGUACAAGCUGGAGGCACGCUCCCAGCGCUCCUCCGUGCAGGGCCGCAUCCGCCUGAGGCUGUGGCUGUCCGCGCGGGAGGCUGGACGACACGACGACGAUAAUUGGCAGCAGGUGCGCCAGCACGAGCGUCUGUUCGCCGUGCUUCUAAACCACGAGAUAGAGACGGCAGCUACCAACACAGAAGACGGGGGGUUGUGGGACGGGGAGCUAUGUGGUGCGGCACAGACGCUGCUCCACCAACACGCCGUGCAGGGGGACUUGAGCCCGCUGCAGGAGGCAGUCGCGAGAUUCACAGCGGCCUGCCGUCUCAACAGCGAGACGCCUAUUGAUCCCAAGUACAUGUUCAAACUGCUGAGUGAGCUGGAGAAGGCGUGGGGUGCGAGCGAAGGUUUAGGGGGGAGCAGCAGCGGCAGUGGGGACUCCGGGGUGGGGGUCUCUCAUGAUGAGGAGCGGUGGUUGGCCGAUUGCUUCUGCGAGUUCGUGGAGAGGGCGCUGCAUCAGCUCCGCCUGCACCGCGACCUCUACCCCGUGCUACAUCAUCUGAGCUUGAACAAAUUGGAAUAUCUCCUGCGAUGUCUUAAUCAACUCUCGCAAAUGAAGGCUUUCCGUCGAUGCUGCCCUUUCAACAACGAAAUGAGGCUGGAGAUAGUGGGCGCGCUCCGCAAAGGCACGUCCGAGUGGUACGAGGCGCUGUGCGCGCAGGACACGGAGUCGGAGCGCGGCGAGGACCUCGUCAACCUCAUCACGCUGGUCCAGAUAGACCUGCAGCAGGGACUCACAUACUACCAUCCGCUGUUUGAGACGACAAACAACGUGUCAUACUUUAGCGUUGUUUUUACACAGAUUGACAAAAUGGUAUCAGAAGACGUGAAGCAAUGUGUGGAUCUCUGGGUAGCGGAAGGCUGGUGCGGGGUUGCUGAGGAGGAAGUAAUGGAUGAACAGGGAAUGGGAAUGUGCGUGAUAUCAGCGAAGACGCUGCCGUUCGAGGUGCUGGCGGCGGUGCGCGAACUGGUCGCGGCGGCGCCCGGCCCGCUACACUCCGCGCACGAUCCGCCGCCGCAACUUCUGGAGGCUUAUCAGUGGUUCGAGCCUCUGAUUGACCGCUGGCUGGCGGUGACCAAGACAAUGGCGCUACAAAGGGUACGCGCUGCAGUUGAACUGGAUCGUCCGGUAGAAGGAGAGCACAUUGUAAAGCACAGCACAUCAUCUGUAGACACUGCAGCGUGCCUGUACCAUAUGCGGCUAGUAUGGCGAGCUAUCGGCGGUAUAGAAGAGGGGACGAUCGGCGGUAGUCUGCGACUGCUGGAGGCCGCCUGCGCCACUGCGCUACACUACGCCGACCUCAUACAUGGAGCGCUCGCCGAUCAGGGCUACUAUGAGAACUACGGUCAGGGCAAGACGACGGAGGAGAUAUGCACGAUCGUGAACAAUCUGGAGUACGUGCGCCGCUCGCUGGCAGAGUACGACGAUGAGCACAUCGGCAAUGACGAGAGCGCCCGUCAGCUAGUGCGCGGCGCGCUAGGCACGCUGGACUCGCGCUCCGCCCGCGCCGCCGCCCCGCUGUCCGCGCGCGCCCGUCCGCCGCUCCGCAAGGCGGUCUUCCACCUCGCCUGGUCACCCGACACCUUGCCUACGCCACAGGCCAUCACUCCCCUCCUGGAGUUUCUGGACCAGCACCUAUCGUCACUCAACACGUGGCUGCUACCCCGGGCCUUCGGGCGCGCGCUCGGAGGCUGCUGGAGCGCCGUGCUGAAGGAGGUGUCGGCGCAGGCUGACGCGGGCGGCGCGGAGAAGCCCAGGGUCUACCAUCACAGGCUACGAGAGGCCCUGGAUCUGCUGGCUGAGUUCUUCCAUGCUGAAGGGAAAGGUCUACCGAUGGCGGAAGUCCACAACAAUGAGUGGGCACGCGUGGAGCAGCGCAUGCAGUACCAUCAGGCACCCACAGAGGAGCUCAUCGAACACUGGCUGGCCGACCGCCUGGUUGAGCAGGCGCGGACUCCGUUACCCUCGCCCUACGGCUCCAUACUAGUCAGAGUAUACCUGAACCACGACUCGCUAUGCGUGGAGGUGAUGUCGGCUCGCGAUGUGAUCCCACUGGACCCCAAUGGCCUGAGCGAUCCGUUUGUGGUACUGGAGCUGCUGCCCAAGCGUCUCUUCCCCAAGACACACGAACAGAGCACCAACGUCCAGAAGAAAACCCUGAACCCCGUGUGGGACGAGUGUUUCGAGUUCCCCGUGUCUAUCGAGGCGUGCAAGUCCGGUCAGGCGGCGCUGGCGCUGUCGGUGUGGGACCGCGACGUGCUGACGGCGGACGACUUCGCGGGCGAGGCGUUCGUGCCGCUGGAGCGCGUGCCCGGCGUCAACUGCCACGCGCCGCCCGACCCGCUCCGACCCGUCGAGCUGCCGCUGAUGCAGCUGCAUGAUAGAAACCACCCCAUCCUACAGAUCCUGGAGUCGCGGACGACGGACAAGCUGGCCAUAGACUUCGUCAAGAAACAGAAGCUGCGGUUCGCCGAACAGUAAAUCAUUUUUGAUGUCCGACUACUACUUAUUUGUUUACUCACAACGUCCAUCAAAAAUUCGACAAUAUGUAAAGUUUUCGAUGUAUUUAAUUCGGAAUUUUAUUUGUACGUGGCUACUAGUAAAUUACUCUUCAGUAUUAAUUGUAAAUUGUACGAAGACUGUUGGUACUUUCCAUGGGAUGGCGCCCGCGUCACUCGGAGCUUACGGUCCCUAGUAUGUAGAUUCCAGUAGGAGUUCCCGACCAAAUACUUUUAAGACUCGUUGUUGACUUAUUUUUGUAAGCCGAAGUACUAGAGCACAGCACCGGCGACCGGCGACCUGCGACCCGCCCGCACUGCUUCCCGAUCGUCCCGCACCACUUCGCGAUCGUCUUCACACCACUUCGCUAUCGGCCCCCACCACUUCGCGGUCGUCCCGCACCACUCGGCGAUCGUCUUCGCGCCACUUCGCCGAAAGACUACUCACUUUUCUACGAGAAGCACCGUUUUAGUAUAAGCUUUUGUAACUUUUUUGUGCUGCAAUGUCUAAGCUUUAAAACGAGCUUUUUACCCUAUCGGAAUAUUUCGAUUUGUACUCUAUACCUUGUCUGUGACGACUGAUUUUCAAUGUUAGUCUUAAUAUUGUGUAUAUUUAAAAUUUUAUAGGUGUACGUGUUACAGUGUUUACUGUGUAUACAAAUUUACU